CUCGAUGAACCUUUAGCUACAAAAACAAUUAGAAGCGACACAAAACAUUUCUUUUUCUUCUUCUUCGUAGCUAAAGCUUCCUCUGUCUGAGAGCCUCGAAAUUUGCUUUCCUAUUAGGUUUCUUUUUCUUCUUUGCUUACAGUAAACAGUAAGUGGGAAGUGUAAUGGGAUUUUGUAUUUGUCCAUUGGAGACUCCAGCAAGGUUGUUGUGGACAACUAGCUUCUUUCGCCACAAGCUAAUGAUCUUUUAAUUUUUAUGUAAAAGUAAAACACAGAAAUUAUCUGUGUACAAUCUUUGCUUUUCUUCUUUUACAGCAACUUUUUGUGUCUUUUUACUCGCCGGAAAGUUUUAGACACAAAAAUAUUACACACAUACACGAAGUUUAAGAUAUAGAAAGACAAGUUUGUAUAAAGAAAAUGGAGUCUGGCCGUCUUUUUUUCAAUCCCUCCACUACCCACCGCAACAUGUUGCUUCUCGGGAACACUGAACCCAUCUUUCGAGGGGCAAGAACAAUGGUUAGCAUGGAGGAAAACCCAAAGAAGCGACUGUUCUUCAGCUCGCCGGAGGAUUUGUACGACGAAGAGUACUACGACGAGCAGUUGCCCGAGAAAAAGCGUCGCCUUACGUCGGAGCAGGUGUAUCUGCUAGAGAAGAGCUUUGAGGCAGAGAACAAGCUGGAGCCGGAGAGGAAGAGCCAGUUGGCCAAGAAGUUAGGACUGCAACCAAGGCAGGUGGCGGUAUGGUUCCAGAACCGCCGUGCAAGGUGGAAGACAAAGCAGCUUGAAAGGGACUAUGACCUCCUCAAAUCUUCCUUUGAUUCCCUUCAGUCCAAUUAUGACACUAUUCUCAAAGAAAAUGAGAAGCUCAAAUCUGAGGUAGCUUCCUUGACUGAAAAACUACAAGCCAAAGAUGUGGCAACAGAAGCAAUAGCAGGUGAAAAGGAUGAAGGGUUAGCAGCUGAGAUGGCCUCCGCCCUCCAAUUCAGUAUGAAGGUGGAGGACCGUCUUAGUAGCGGCAGUGUCGGAAGCGCGGUGGUGGAUGAGGAUGCCCCACAGCUGGUGGACAGCGGCAAUUCCUACUUUCCAAGCGAUGAAUACUCCAGAGGCAUUGGCCCUUUCGAUGGGGUUCAGUCGGAAGAUGAGGAUGGCAGUGAUAAUUGCGGGAGUUACUUCUCCGAUGUGUUCGCAACCACAGAGCAGGAGGCAUUAGGAUUGUGGGCCUGGUCUUAACCUAAAGGAUCCUGCAACAAUAUAUUUCUCUAGUGUUUCAUGCUAUGGAUGUCAUGCGUUGAAUUAAGACAACAGUUGAAAAUAACCAAAAAUACAAGUGAUGUCAGAAACCCGGUACAUAGGGUAAAGUAUAUGGAUGAAAUAUAGUCUAAAGUCAAUGGAAUAAUAAUAAUAUGUUUAAGUUUUACAUCA